GGUCGGAUGAACCAACUGGGAGGCGUCUUCAUCAACGGCAGGCCUCUUCCCAACCACAUUCGCCUGAAAAUCGUGGAAAUGGCAGCGGCCGGGGUGCGUCCUUGCGUUAUCUCGCGGCAGCUUCGCGUUUCUCACGGCUGCGUGUCGAAAAUUUUGAACCGCUAUCAGGAGACCGGUUCCAUCAGGCCAGGUGUCAUCGGUGGCAGCAAGCCCAGGGUAGCCACGCCUGAGAUCGAGGCUAGGAUAGAGGAAAUGAAGAGGGACAAUCCCGGGAUAUUCUCCUGGGAGAUCAGGGAGAAACUGGUGAAGGAAGGCUUCACGGAUCCGCCGAGUGUCAGCUCCAUCAGCAGGUUGCUUCGCGGUGGACGACCUGGUGACGAUGGGAAAAAGGACUACACCAUCGAUGGGAUAUUAGGCGGUGGUCGGUGUGGCGACGAGUCCGAUACGGAGAGCGAACCAGGCAUUCCUCUGAAGCGAAAGCAACGCAGAAGCAGGACUACGUUUACUGGAGAACAGCUAGAACAACUGGAGACCGCGUUUCAACGGGCCCAGUAUCCGGAUGUCUAUGCCAGGGAAGAGCUGGCUCAGAGGACUGGACUCACGGAAGCUAGGAUUCAAGUAUGGUUCAGCAACCGCAGAGCUCGACUCCGAAAACACGCCGGAAGUAUAGCUCACUCGGUAGCAAGUUUGCCACUGACCCCCUGCCAAUACGCGAGCCACGAGCUCGCACAGAUACCCCAGGUACCCCAAAUACCUCCAGGGAUAGCUCAAGUGCCGACCACGUUGCACCACAGUCCAACACUGCAGCAGGCAGGUAGCAGUGUUCACCCUGUGCCGGGAACCAACGCGCAGAUGUCGACCACCACCUCGGUGGCUCAAGUACCUUCCACGAUCAGCAGUGCUCUCCAAGGUCACGCUGUGUCUAUCUCGGGACAUCUCAGCUCCUUGCAGGGCCACCCGAUGCAGCUUGGGCAAGUACCAACGAUCCAACCUCCUGCAGCUCAUGGCGCACCCACCUCGCUCUCUCAUAAUCCAGGGAACGCCGAUUGGUCCAGGGCGCAACUAGGCUGGGGACAGUUCAAUCACUUCCAAGGUGAAUACACGUCGAGUCAUUCGAGUCAUCAGCAUGCCUCGCACGCGAGUCAUGCUGGAACAGCGUCUUCUGGUACCGGGAACCCUGCAUCGGCGGCGGAGUGGUACGACCAGGGCUACGAUUAUUCCCAACACGCUCAGCUCAACUAUCAUCGAAGCGUGGGCGGCAUAUUUUAA